AAAAAAAAAAAAAAAAAGAAAAAACAAACAAAAUGAAAGGCAUUAUUAAUGCAAUUUAAUUGCCGCAGCCGUGCUAGCGAUCAAGCUUAUUCACGCAAUAAGCGACAGUUACAGUUCUCAUAGAAACCUUUACGAUACGGUCCUGAGCAUUUAUAUACAUCAACCGAAAUAUGAAAUUUUAUCGUUAGAAAGUUUGUUGUCGAAGAAGGUAACGUUUGUGUUACACUAUACAUAAAUAUUAACAAGACAAGAGAUAGUUAUAAAGUUACGCAUUAUAAUUAAGAAUUGUACAAUCAAGUACAAGAGUGAGUAAAAUAAUCAACAUAAACACGAAAUAUCAAAUAAUUUAUUAUAAGUUUUAUCUUCAUUAGAAGGCAUAAAAAGCAAUUUAAAUCAUUAGCAUAGAAAUAAAUAAAUUGUGGAUGAAUUAGGAGGUAUAUAGAAAAAAUGCAGAAAGCACACAGAGUAAGAAGAGAAAUAGCUCGUUUAAUGGUGAAGCCACCAGAAGGGGUGUCUUGUUAUAUAAAAGAAGAUUCAACAGAAUAUAUAUUAGUUACUAUCAUUGGUCCUGCUGGAUGUGCAUAUGAAGCUGGUGUUUUUGAAUUAGAUGUCGAAUUACCAGAACGAUAUCCCUUUGAACCACCACAUGUGAAAUUUCGCACACCCAUUUAUCAUCCAAAUAUUGAUAAUAAUGGACGUAUAUGCUUAGAUCUAUUAAGAAUGCCACCUAAAGGUGGUUGGAAACCAACUAUAAGUUUAGAAAAUCUUUUAACUGCUAUUCGAUCGUUACUUGUACAUCCAAAUAUUAAUGAUCCACUUAUGACAGAAAUUGCAGACGAAUAUCGUUAUAAUAGAUUUGAAUUUGAGUAUAAAGCUCGUAACUUUCAAGGUGAAUCCAAAAGGAAAAGAGAUAUAAAUUCAAUAAAUGUCUGCUAAUCCAUUAAUGGAAUUAAUAAAGUAUUAUGGAUUUAUUUUUAUAUUUUUA